AUGGUAGCGAGUUUGUUUGAAUUCGUGGUGCUGUUGGCGUUGACCGGGGCCUUGGUUUCAGUCGUCGCCCUGCUGCAUUUGAUGGGACUUUUCAUCAAUAUUAUCACGCCGGUCACCACAUUCAUGCUGAACCAGUCCGGCAGACUGGUGAUUCUCGAAGUUAUUCUGACAGAUUUGGGUGCGAAAUUUCCCAACCUGCGACCUCUCCUGCGGCCUCAAUACGCCCCGUACUUGAACACCGCUGGCACAGUGCUGUUAGGCUGGUUGAUAAUCUCUUGGAUAUCCUACAUUAUCUGGUCGUUUCUGGCACCUCUGACGAUCAGUUUCCUCGCUGUAAUUCUCAUCUGUCCAACGACUGCGAAGUGGUGCGUGAAGCAGACCGUUCCAGGACUAGAAAUAUAUUUUAGUGAUCUCUUAAACAAAUUCCACAGUAUUUUCUCAGAGGAGUGA